AUGAACUUGGUGGUAUGCCUGAAGAAGAUGUCGAAGGCACUGAAGAAGAAUCCGAAGGAAGAGAAAAAAAAGAAGACCAUAAGGCCUUUUCGGUCACCUUGACACUUAACCUAUUCAUUUCAAGGCACUGAAUUUUACGAUAGUUGAGGAAAUGGCAAUUCAUUUGAAGUUGGUAAUGGAACAUUGAAUUUCACUGAUUGCACAUUUCUAGAAAAUAAAGCUUUCUCAAUUGAAACUGAAUCCUCUCUUUUUAUAAAUAAUUGCAGCUUCACUAAGAAUUAUCAAUAUAGUUCUCUUAUACGAGCAAACGGCCCAUACAGUAUCAUUAAGAACAGCUACUUUGCAAAUAAUGAGAUAGAUGUAAAUUCUUCAAGCUUGAUCCUUGAGAUAUAUAACUCAACUUUUUAUCGUAAUAUUGACAACGGAUGAAAUGAUAACAUUAUUACUUUUAAGCAUGGAGAAGAUUUCAAAAUUUGAAAUUCAAAAUUUAUAGUAUCAGUCUCAUCAAUAGCAAUUUAUGCUUAUGGAAAUAGUACUAAAAUACAAAAUUGCUAUUUUAAAGUGUUGCAACCUUCAAAUUUCGGAAGCAUUAGUUUUGAGGGAGAUUACCUAUAUAUAUCAAAUAUCACGAUGAUUGGAAUAAAUAACCCUGACCCAAAUAGUUUUGAUCAUCCAUCGUUUAUAUAUGUGUAUUAUUCCCAAAUUAUGGAUAUAGAGGAUUCUUAUUUUGAAGGAUAUUAUAAUGCUGCAGCAAAUUUACUAGAAAUAGAUUAUAUAAACAUAAAACGAAGCUUAUUUAAAAAUGGGUCAAAGAGCAGGGCAUUAGAAAUUAGCAAAUAUUAUGAAUGCUAUCUAUCUGACUUAAAAUUUAUUAAUAACACCAAUAGUGACACAGGAGGCUCUAUAAAAUCUGUCAAUGAUAACAAUUAUAGAUAUUAUUCACAAUCCAAUAUUAUUAUUGUUGAUAAUUGUGAAUUUGAUAAUAAUCAGGCAACAAAUUUUGGAGGAGCAAUAGUACUAGAUGGAUGUGAUGCCAUAAUAAAAAACUCGAAAUUCACUAAUAAUACAUCAGAUAUCGGAGGGGCCAUUGUAUCUUUAUGCCAGAAAAACAAUAGGACUAACUAUUUGGUAAAUAAUACUUUUUAUCAUAAUAAGGCUUUAAUUGGAGGAGCAGUAUAUUGAGAAGGCAGCUAUCAAAAUACAUCAGGGAAUACUUUUAUUGCUAAUUACGCAGAAUAUGGGAAUAAUACAGCUUCUCAACCAGUAAAAUUGUUAAUAACAAAGCCGCCUUAUAAUAUGUUGAGUGGAAGCGAAAUUAUUGAAAAAAAAAUAGUGUGUGGAUCAGACUAUAUUAUAUCCUUUCAAGCUGCUCUCAUCGAUAUAGACAAUCAGACUGUCUCUUAUGGGUACGACGACUCUUUAGCCUUUUUAAAUUGUGAAACCAAUGGAGCAAAAAUUAUUGGAACCUACAAAGAGUACCCAAAAUGAGGAAUGAUCAAUUUUGAUAGUUUCUCAUUAUCUUGUCCCCCAGGAAUAGAAAUAGUUUUAAGCCUAAGCUAUUCUGGAAAAGUAUAUUAUUAUUUCAACAAUAGUAAGUUUUAUAAUCUCCCAGAAGCCAAAAUUAUUAUAGAUACCAGAUCCUGUGAAAAAGGAGAAUAUAGGGAUAAUGAUAGAUGUGAGUUUUGCGAAAUUGGAACAUUUAGCUUAAAUUAUUGAGAUAAAUGCGAAACAUGCCCUAAUCAUGCUUUUUGCUAUGGAGGAUAUCAAAUUGCGCCAUAUAAAGGCUACUGGCAUGGUAGUAAUGAGUCCAGUACAAUUUACCCCUGUCCAAACCCUGAUGCCUGUAGAGGUGGAUUAGAUUGAGAAGUUAACUAUACAUCCUUAAUUGGAAUAUGUGCAGAAGGGUAUAGAGGAAAUAAGUGCCAGCCAUGCGAUUUCGGCUAUUCAUCAUCAGGGAGAAACAAGUGUGAAAAAUGUCCUUCUGAUCAAGAUACAAAUGCAGCUAAAAUAAUUUUUAUAUUUACAGCUGCAGCUAUAUAGCUUGCUUCUUGCUAUAGGGGGCUAAGAGACAGAGCAACCCAUAGAGUUAUUCGUGAACUCAGGUUGACAAGUCAAAUCUUAAUUUGAAUCAGCAUUAUCUGCUUUAUUUGCCUCUUUGAGAGUUGACCUUAAUUCUAUGGGCUACUCUGUCUCCCUAUGGAGAGCUAUAACAGGGAGCGAGCUAUAUCACUCACUUGCAUAGUAUAUUUCUCAUUAAAAACAGCCUAUGAGCCAAAAUCUACAAUUUCUGUAUACUUCCGUAUUUUAAUCAAUUAUUUACAAAUGAUUACUCUUGUAGCUAGACUUAAGCUGAAUUGACCAUUUUAUAUAGAAUAUUGAUUAGCUAAUCAAGGGUAUCCUGGUGAAGUCCCUACACAUUGGAUAUCUUUAGACUGCUAUUUAAUGGACGAAAGAGACCCAGAUUCAUAUAAAACUAUCUAUUUCAAAAAAUUGAUUACUAUAGUUGCACUUCCAGCCAUUCUAGGCUUUGCUGCAUUUAUUUUUUGGUCUUUUAUUGCGAUAUUUCAAAGAAAUUGAAAAAUGAUGAAAAACGAAUUAAUAGCGACUAUAUGUAUUUUAUUAUUUUUGAUUUUGCCGUCAAUUACUGACUAUAGUAAUUUCCUGUGGAUGGCUCUGUUUUGGCCUUGAUUUUCCCACUAGGAAAAUUUUUUGGUUCGACCAGUACUAUAUGGUUUUGCCAAACCAAAAAAUUUUCCCAGUCGGAAAAUCAAGGUCAAAACAACGCCAUCCAUGGGAAAAUCCCAUAUAUGUUUUCGAUUUUUAGCUGCACUUAUAUUUAUGAUAAAUUAUAUUUAGUAAGCAACCUUGAUAUUAAGUGCUGAAAUGAUGAUCAUUAUUUCUAUGCUGUCACUAUAGCUUUACCUGGAAUUAUUGUAUGAUCUAUAGGAAUUCCUGCAUGCGUUUUUCUAUUUUUACGAAAAAGAAAGUUCAAAUUGCACAGACUUGACACAAAGCUUAAAUUUGGGUUUUUAUAUAACGGAUAUCGAGAAUCUACCUAUUACUGGGAAUUUAUCAUAACGAUAAGAAAAUUAAUGAUCAUUUGUUUAACUGUAUUUUUGACAACUGAGACCAUUGAAAUUCAAACAGCAUCAUGUGCUUCUGUUUUUGCUGUGUUUUAUUAUAUCCAGAAAACAUAUUAUCCAUUUGAGUACGAGAAUCUCAAUAAAGCUGAGUUAGGCAGCAAUUUUGUAGUACUAAUUACAACCUGGUGUGGGCUAUUUUAUACAGGCAGCGGCUUAAACAUAUUUGCUAAUAUUAUUUUCUUUUUUUUUAUAUUAUUAGCAAAUGCUUAUUUUGUCUUCAUGUGGACUCGAACUAUGAUUAUUGAAUUAAAGCUAUUAGCAAUUGAAAUUUUCCCAAUUUUUAAGAAUUAUUUUGAUGCUGAUGAGCUGAAAAUAAAGAAAAACAGCGAAAUGAGGCCUGUUUUUUCUUUAAUAAAUCAGGAUGAAGACUCAGCAAUUGAAAUAAAAUUGGAUAAAAGAAUAAAAAAUAGCGUUGAUUUAUCUAUUUUGAAAAUUAAAGAAAAUAUUAAUAUAAUAGAAGAACAAAAGGAUCAGUCGAAUGAUGAGUCGAGCGGAGAGUUAAGCGUCUUUGGGCCAUUUGCUUGCCAAGAUGUUGAAGAAGGCACUUAA